GGAACUGUGAGAGGAGGAGAAGAGAAGAAAGGAUCAGAUUUGACUCACCAAAGAGAAAGACCAGACUCAGUGGAACCAGAGCCAGGGACGUCCAAACCCGCAAGACGACACCAGUGCUCCUACUGUGGAAAGGGUUGUAACCGGUUAUGGAACCUGAAACAACAUGAAAAAAUGCACACAGAGGAGAAGCCUUAUCACUGCUCCCAGUGUGGCAAGUGUUUUAACCAGUUAGGGAACCUGAAACUACAUGAGAGAAUACACACAGGGGAGAAGCCUUACCACUGCUCCCAGUGUGGCAAGUGUUUUAACCAGUUAGGGAACCUGAAACGGCAUGAGAGAAUUCACACAGGGGAGAAGCCUUACCACUGCUCCCAGUGUGGAAAGUGUUUUGAGCGGUUAGGGAACCUGCAACAACAUGAGAGAAUACACACAGAGGAGAAGCCUUAUCACUGCUCUCAGUGUGGCAAGUGUUUUAAUCAGUCAGGGAACCUGAAACAGCAUGAGAGAAUACACACGGAGAAGCCUUUUCACUGCUCCCAGUGUGGAAAGUGUUUCAACCGGUCAGUGAAGCUGAAACGGCAUGAGAGAAUUCACAAAAUAAUUCACAAAAGGGAGAAGCCUUACCACUGCUCCCAGUGUGGCAAGUGUUUUAGUCUGUUCGGGAACCUGAAACGGCAUGAGAGAAUACACACAGGGGAGAAGCCUUACCACUGCUCCCAGUGUGGCAAGUGUUUUAAUUAUUUAGGGAACCUGAAACGGCAUGAGAGAAUACACACAGGAGAUGCCUUACCAUUGCUCCCUGUGUGGAAAGUGUUUCAACCAGUUAGGGCACCUGAACGUUCAUGAGCUAAUACACACAGUUAAAUGUCUUUCGAGAAUCCACACAGGAGAGAGAAAUUACUUCUCUUAGCAUGUAUAUUGAUAUUGCACUUCUCAUUUUUCUUACAAUUCAUCAGAGAACAAACACAGUGCUCCCGUUGUCUUAUAUUGUUGACUGAUAAUGUGUUUACCUGUUUUUACCAGAUGAAAUUGCUUCUUCCAAUUAUUGAUAAACAUGUACAUGUUAAGAAAGGGACUGUUAGAACUGUUCCAUGGAUUGAUGAGGAAUUUAAAAACUGUAUGUUUGAAAGAGAUGGGGCAAAAGGAGUGGCGAAUAAGUCUGGCUGCACAUCUGGCUGGCUGUUUUAUGUACUGCAAAUUGAGAAAUGUGACCAAACUCAACAAAAAUAAUAAACUUAUUAAGAAGCCAAGAUCAAUGAUAUAAAGAAUGAUGGAAAAAAACAUCAUGAAAGAAAAGCAGUGCAAGUAUUGAAUGUUGUAAAGUUAGUGUGGGAGAGGUGGAACAAUUGGUAUCGAUCAAUAAUGACAAACCUCCUGGCAUUGACAACAGAUGGAAACUACUGAGGACAGUAGCUGACUCUAUAGCCACUCCUAUCUGUCAUAUUUUUAAUCUGAGCCUAGAGGGAAGUAUUUGUCCUCAGGCCUGGAGGGAAGCCAAAGUAAUUCCACUACCCAAGAGUGGUAAAGCGGCCUUUACUGGUUCUAAGCUCUUAACAAACUGUUGGGAAAAAUUGUGUUUUACCAAAUACACUGUUCAAAAAAAUAAAGGGAACACUAAAAUAACACAUCCUAGAUCUGAAUGAAUGAAAUAUUCUUAUUAAAUCAUUUUUUCUUUCCAUAGUUGAAUGU